AUGGACAAGCCGGCAAACAUUCGAAAUAUGUCGGUCAUUGCUCAUGUCGAUCACGGAAAAUCCACCCUCACGGACUCUCUCGUUCAACGCGCCGGUAUCAUCUCAGCAGCCAAGGCUGGCGAAGCAAGGUUUACAGACACACGCAAAGAUGAGCAAGACCGAUGUAUCACCAUCAAGUCAACAGCUAUCUCCCUAUACUCCCAUAUGGCCAACGAGGAGGAUCUGAAGGACAUCCCUCAAAAGGUGGAGGGCAACGACUUCUUGAUCAACCUCAUAGAUUCUCCUGGUCACGUUGACUUCUCAUCAGAAGUGACUGCUGCUCUUCGUGUCACGGAUGGAGCCCUUGUGGUUGUCGAUUGCGUUGAGGGCGUCUGCGUCCAAACAGAAACCGUGCUCCGGCAAGCGCUUGGUGAACGUAUCAAGCCCGUGGUCAUUAUCAACAAGGUAGAUCGUGCACUUUUGGAAUUACAAGUAGAGAAAGAAGAUCUCUAUCAAUCAUUCUCAAGAACGAUUGAGUCUGUCAACGUCAUCAUUUCCACCUAUUUCGACAAGGCACUCGGUGACGCCCAAGUCCAACCAUAUAAUGGCACAGUCGCUUUCGGUUCCGGUCUUCAUGGAUGGGGUUUCACUGUUCGCCAAUUUGCCGUCAAGUAUGCUAAGAAAUUCGGCGUCGAUAGAAAGAAGAUGAUGGACCGAUUAUGGGGCGACAACUUUUUCAACCCAAAAACAAAGAAAUGGACCAAAGUUGGCAGUCACGAGGGUGAAACACUCGAGCGCGCAUUCAAUACCUUCAUCCUGGACCCAAUAUUCCGUAUCUUCCGCUCGGUCAUGAAUUUCAAGAAGGACGAGAUUCCAAAGCUUCUGGAAAAAUUGGAAAUCAAAUUGACUGGCGAUGAGAAAGAUCUGGAAGGAAAGCAGCUCCUGAAGGUGGUAAUGCGGAAAUUCCUACCCGCCGCAGAUGCUCUGCUUGAGAUGAUGAUAAUCCACCUUCCAUCACCAAUCACAGCCCAAAAGUACCGUGCGGAGACUCUUUACGAGGGUCCCCCAGAUGAUGAAGCCUGUAUCGGUAUCCGUGACUGUGAUCCAAAGGCUCCACUCAUGCUCUACGUGUCUAAAAUGGUGCCAACGUCUGAUAAAGGCCGCUUCUAUGCUUUCGGUCGAGUCUUCGCAGGCACAGUCCGUUCUGGCCUUAAGGUCCGCAUCCAAGGUCCCAACUAUCAGCCCGGCAAGAAAGAGGACUUGUUUAUCAAAGCCAUCCAACGUACUAUUCUGAUGAUGGGACGGAAUAUCGAGCCAAUUGAAGACGUGCCGGCUGGUAACAUUCUUGGUUUGGUCGGUGUGGAUCAGUUCCUGCUUAAGUCGGGUACUCUGACAACUUCUGACACCGCGCACAAUCUCAAAGUCAUGAAAUUCUCCGUCUCACCUGUUGUUCAACGCUCCGUGGAAGUGAAGAACGCGAACGAUCUUCCCAAGCUGGUAGAAGGUCUCAAGCGAUUGUCGAAAUCUGAUCCCUGCGUAUUAACCAUCAUCAAUGAAGCCGGCGAGCACAUUGUUGCUGGCGCUGGUGAACUACAUCUAGAGAUAUGCUUGAAAGAUCUCGAAGAAGAUCAUGCCGGUAUUCCAUUGAGGAUAUCAGAUCCAGUCGUGUCAUACCGAGAAUCGGUUGGCGAGGCAUCAAGCAUCACUGCUUUAUCCAAGUCUCCCAACAAGCAUAAUCGUCUUUAUGUCACCGCACAGCCAAUGGACGAGGACGUCUCGAAGGACAUCGAAUCAGGAAAGAUCAGCCCUCGUGACGAUCUUAAAGCUCGAGCCCGUAUUUUGGCUGAUGAGCACGGAUGGGACGUUACCGAUGCUCGAAAGAUCUGGUGUUUCGGCCCUGAAACGACAGGCGCCAAUCUGCUAGUGGACCAGACUAAGGCUGUUCAAUAUCUGAACGAAAUCAAGGAUUCCGUGGUAUCUGGAUUCCAGUGGGCGACCAAGGAAGGCCCAGUGGCUGAGGAGCCGAUGCGGUCAGUCCGCUUCAACAUUCAAGAUGUGACUCUCCAUGCCGAUGCUAUCCACCGUGGUGGUGGCCAACUCAUUCCUACUGCGCGGCGUGUGCUGUAUGCUGCCGCACUUCUGGCACAACCGAGCAUCUUGGAACCUGUCUACCUGGUUGAGAUUCAAGUACCCGAACAAGCAAUGGGCGGUAUCUACGGUGUCCUCACCCGACGUAGGGGUCACGUCUUCUCUGAGGAGCAGCGUCCAGGAACACCACUAUUCAACGUCAAGGCCUAUUUACCUGUCAACGAAUCUUUCGGCUUCACUGCCGACCUACGGUCACAUACUGGUGGUCAGGCCUUCCCUCAGAUGGUGUUCGAUCAUUGGCAGAUUUUACCUGGUGGAUCACCACUUGACCCAACCACGAAGCCUGGGCAGAUUGUGCAAACGAUGCGGAAGAGGAAAGGAAUCAAGGAAGUUGUACCGGGUGUUGACAAUGUGAGUCCAAUACUCCUAGCACGAGACAGAACACUUACUAAUCAUUCCCUUGCAGUAUUAUGA